UGUUUGAACGUGAAAGCGAGGACUCGACGGAGGACAUCGGUGAAGUAGAGAGUGAGAGUGAAGGAUCAUCACGAUUAGCCAUGCCAGCUGAGCUAAUCACAGUGAGCUUGUUCCGUGACGUGCGGGAUGAGCCUUGGGGAUUUAACAUCACUGGUGGCAAGGCCUUUGAUGAGCCAUUGAGUAUAUCUCAUAUUCAUUCAAAAAGUAUCGCUGAGCGACUCGGAUUGAAAAUUGAAGACAUCUUGAUCAAGAUCAACGGGGAAGAGGCAGAGGGCUUUACCUAUGAAGACGCGUGUGAAGAAAUUGCCAAGGGCGAGGACUCCUUCGACAUGGUCAUUGAACGUUCCUGCACAGGAAGGAAAACCUCUUAUGAGAAGUCGUCCACGGCAUUCAGCAUUGUUUUGGGCCAGGGCAAAACUGAGGUUUUCCAGGACAGUGAGGCCUUCCUCACCAAUCGGGUUGAGAUGGAAAGGACAACCCACGCAGAAAUUAAGCUCAAUACUGUCGAAGAAUCCCAAGCAGAGGAGACCAGGGUCCCAGUGGAUGAGCCAGCAUGCAAUGAAGUGGUUCUUGGCCUACAAACAGAGGAUCGGGUAGACGACGCCAGGGUCCCUGUAGUCGAGCCCAUCUGCAAUGAAGUGAUUGUUGCCCAGCAAACCGAUCAAACGAUCCAUGAGGAUCCCCAGGUCUUGGCCAAGCGCCCAGACGAACGACCAGUCAUCCACUCUCAACAGAGUAUCAAGGAAGAUCCUAGAUACAAUGGACUUCCUCCAGGAGAUCGCAGAGCGGUGGGGUUCAAGGAUGUUCUGAAACCGACUUUGAGGAAAGAUUGGAACUGCCCUUGGGUCAAGCGAGAUGGCCAAGGUUUGAAGAGAGUGCUGCGAACCCAAUUUGCCACAGAGCCAGUGGUUGCACCUGUGGCCACUUCACAUUGUCAUUUCUACAGCGAGCCUCAUUCCAUUCUUGAUCCCGGAUUAUCAGAGAUAGAGGUCAAAGAGAUGCAGCAAAAAUUCUUUGAAGAGCAGCAAAGACUGAUCCAGAUGGAGCAAGAGAAGCGUGAACAAGAGAUUGCUGAAGCCGAAAGAAGACGCGAUGAAAUCCGUCAAAGGAUUGAAGAGGAAAAGAAAGCGGUAGCUGCCGCUAAAGAAGCCGAACAGAGGGAACAAGAGAGAAAGGCCAAGGAGUUGGAAGAGCAACUGGCAAGGGACCAAUCCAAAGAAGAGACCAAACACCAACAGCAAUCCAACCCUCCCAGUCAAGAGGAUUUAGAUAAUCAACUAGUGGCACAACUCGUUGGAGCAAUGCAGGCUAGUAUGGAAGAGAACGGCCAUUCCAAGGGUUAUGAACCCUCUCCAGAUGAAUUGAUUGAUGUACUCAAGAACCUGGAGAACCUUGCAGCGAGUAAUCCCGCCUUGUACAAAGCCAUUGUUGAUCAAAUCAAAGGAAACCAACCCAAACAGAAGCCAUUUCAAAAUGGUAUCAAUUUGGAUGAGGAGGAGCACCUUGAAGAGGAAUUAAGUGCUCCUCCGCCAAAAGAGAAGAUCGAGUUGGAAGAUCAACCAACCGUGGUUCACAAAGCUGAGCCCGUUAUGGAGGAAAAGCCACACGCUGAGGUGCCCCAAGAGCACCAAAAUGUAACCGUUCCAGAGAGGGAGCAAGUCCCUCCCUUUGAGCAGGAGCCUCUCCCGAAGGUCGAUCCGAUACCAGAGGGUCUACUGAAAGACCACAACGUGAACAAUAAUGUUUCAGGACGCCAAAACCAACCAGCUAAGGGUCGAAAACCAGAUGCUGUUAAUGGACAAGACGACAAUGGGUCAACGGGGCUUUACCCAAAGCCUAUGGAUGAUUAUGACUACCCUUGGGCGGGGUCCUUGAAACCUGUAUCGAAUGAAGUCUUCGCCAAGGAGCGCAAAAAGAAGAGAGAUGGAGACGACGAUCCUGGACCAUGUCCUUGGGCUGGAUCACUCCGUCCAGUGAGAGACAACAAGCGCAAUAAAAAUCAGAGAAGAAGCCGGCACGAAGACGAAUCAGACGGAAAAGCCCCUUGGGCGGGUUCCCUUCGGCAUGUUCACAAUCCACCUCAAAGCACGUUCCAUAAACUUCCUGUCACACAAUUCAAACGCUAUCCAGAUGAAGAUGCUCCCAAUCCUUAUCAAGGCCAUCGAAUCAACGAGCUACAAAGGAAGGAAGAGGAAGAGAGAUUGGAGCGAAUCACGAGCAAAAUUCGGGAACGAAAGACCGUUUCCAACUCGCUCUUAAAGGUGUUGAUGCCGAAAUUGCUCGCUGAGCAUAGUUCCAAAUAUGAACCCUUGGGCGAGGACGAAUCAAUGAGGAUAAUGCAGGAGAUUCUCGCCAUGAAGAUUGGCCUUCGUUCUGAUCAGAAUAUCGAGGACAACGAAGAGGCCGAGCAAAUGAUUAAGGCAAUCACUCACGGGGAGAUCUCCAAGGAUGUUUAUAGUCAGAUGGCCGAUGAUCUGGAGAACGCACAUCAAAAGCGAAAACAAGGACAAGACUCCAGUGUGAACAUCAACAAGAGCUCCAAGACAGUGGUGGGCAAUGCGUCCAAGCCUCAAAUUGAAAUGGAGGACGUCGAUUUGUAGGCUCUUUUUCAGGAGACUUGAUGAUGAUCAAUAUGUAUGCUUAAACACGAAUCCCUAAGUUUGACAAAUAAAAGAGCCCGGAAGAGCUUCUGACA